AUAAAUAGCCGCCUCCCAGCCCAGGAGAAGCCGGGAGAAGUUUCCAGGCGCGCGUCCCCGGGGUUUAUUAAGCUCCUGGCUCCAGUCUAGAGCUCAGUCGAUCUGGCUGCCAGCCUGGGCAGCCUCGGAGGACGGGUGACUUGCUGAUUUCUGCUGAGGGGUCCGGAGUGGGGGGACCCUCUGGGAUUCUGCAGCUCCAGCCGGGGUCGCCUCUGAUAGCUGGAGUGUCUUGGGGGCGGUUCGGACUCCAGUCUGGUGGGUUCCUCGGUCUUUGGAAGUGUAUGAUUCUGCUUCAGGGUCCCUGGCCGAAGAGCAGCGUUUUCUGAGGCUGAAGAAUUUGCUUUGAAAACCAGCCAAUCCACCAUUGCCUUGCUGCGUGAUCUUGGGCAGGUGGCUUUCACCUUCUGAGCCUCAGUUUCCCCCUCAAGCUCCCCAGCCACCAUGGCUGAUGGUCAGCUACCCUUCUCCUGCCACUACCCAAGCCGCCUCCGCCGAGACCCCUUCCGAGACUCGCCUCUGUCCUCCCGCCUGUUGGACGAUGGCUUUGGCAUGGACCCCUUCCCCGACGACUUGUCUGCCCCUUGGUCCGACUGGGGUCUGCCUCGGCUCUCCUCGGCCUGGCCGGGGUCCCUGAGGUCGGGCAUGGUGCCCCGGGGACCCACCACCGCAGCCAGGUUUGGGGUCCCCGCCGAGGGCAGGAGCCCCCCACCCUUCCCUGGGGAGCCCUGGAAAGUGUGUGUCAACGUGCACAGCUUCAAACCAGAGGAGCUGAUGGUAAAGACGAAGGACGGAUACGUGGAGGUGUCUGGCAAACACGAAGAGAAGCAGCAUGAAGGUGGCAUCGUUUCCAAGAACUUCACCAAGAAAAUCCAGCUUCCUGCAGAAGUGGAUCCCGUGACGGUCUUUGCCUCGCUUUCCCCAGAGGGCCUGCUGAUCAUUGAAGCUCCCCAGAUUCCCCCUUACUCACCCUUCGGAGAGAGCAGUUUCAACAACCAGCUUCCCCAAGACAACCAGGAAGUCACCUGCACUUGAGACCCCAGUCUUGGCCCAUCCUUGUCCCCUCCCCAAUCCCAGGGCUUCUCUGAUUCCAGGGUACAUCACCUUAGCAGAACUAAUAGACUUAGUGUGAGUAAAAUGUUGGGGGGAUGGAUGGACCCCAGAUUCCGUGGAGAGUGUGGUAGAGGGUUCUCCAAAGAUGGUGCAAUUGGCAAGUCAUGCUCAGUUGCAUUAGGCCAAAAUGCUGGGAGUUUUUCUUUCUUUACCUUUCCUAUCUUGAUACAAACAUUGCACAUUCUAUAGCUGCAAAACAAAUAGAAAGGGGACUUAACAUUUCACAUGGUAUCUUAACCUUAUGGCUUAAUGCAAGGGUUGCUUUUCUCUGGGAACCUCCCCAUGACCCGGCUUCCUAUUCUAAACUCCCAGUUUCUGUGCCUGCCCCAGGAUUUGGUUGAUGGAACCCAUUAGCUCACCCCACUGUGUUCCUGUAGUUCUGGUCUCCAAAGGGUUGUAGGCAGAUCUUACAUCUCCACUCAUGAUUUAUCCACCAACCACAUAAAACAGUGCCUUCUGCCCUCCAUCCAGGCAUUUACAACAUGUUCCCAAGCUGGCACUCCCCAAGUAGUCUGGAAGUCCGUCCAUUUAUUCUCUGGCUAAGAUUUCCCCUUUCUUUUGUCCCCUGUGUCCAAGACUGGAUUUUUCCAGAGUUGGCUGUCUGGAGACAGCCCCACCAGGAACCAAGCAAAGGCCAGACAGCCUGGCAGACAGGCUAGUGGUAUUGUGUAUAUGGAUGGGACAUGUGUGUCAUUGUUGUUUGAGUUGUGCUGUUGUUUAGGAGGGAAAUAGUAAAUAAUAAUAAUAAAGGAGCUGAUGUUCUUAGG